AAAGCAUUGGUCGGUGUGAAUAAAGUUAUUGAAAGUUCGGGAGUCACGUGACGGGCUUCCUCGCUAGUGGCAAAGAGCAGAGCUUGAAGCAGCAUGGGUCAGUGAUACUGGGCUGUGAUGGCUGAACAGGGUGGAGACGUGGAGCAGCGGUUUCAGCAGGCAGUCUCCUUUAAGACUCGGGGCAAUGCUUGCUAUUCUGAGCAUCGAUGGCGGGAAGCUAUGAGUAUGUACCACCGUGCACUUCUGCAGCUUCGCAGCCUAGACCCUCACUUGAUUGACCCUCUAUGUGGCCUGGGCCCUGCUUCUGUCAGCCUCACACCACAGCAGUUGGAAACUCUGCAAUCUCUUCAGGCAGACUGUUAUAAUAAUUUAGCAGCAUGUCUCCUCCAGCCUCCGCACCCGCGGUAUGAACGUGUAUAUGAGUGCAGUUUGCAGGUUCUUAAACUGCAGCCUCAUAAUGUUAAGGCAUUGUAUCGUGCUGGAGUGUCCUCCUAUCAUCUUUGUGACUAUACAACAGCUCACAGCUAUCUGACUCAAGCUGCCUCUAAGCAGCCUAAAGAUGCGAACAUUAGACAAUAUAUACAACUGACAGAUGCUGCCCUCAGUGUUUCCAGAGAAAAAGAAAAACAGAAAUACCAGGGCAUGUUUGGCAAGUAACCUAUACCACGUCGCUAAGGGAUUUGAUCUCCUAAAAAUGCAUAUAUUUCAUGGCAGAAGAAAUAAAUCUAUGUAUA